AUGCCUCAUAACGCGCUCGAGGUGCAUGCGGCACACAAGCGAAAGGUCGAUCCGAAUGACUGCCGCUUAUUUGGGCCCGCGGCGAUCACUGUGCAAUUGCUGAUGGGAAUGCUCGUUAUAGGCACUCUGGUUCACAAGCGCCAAUGUGAGCAUCCACGCCGGCCGUGGCGUACAUGGUCCCUUGAUGUAUCGAAACAGCUGAUCGGGCAACUCGGCAUCCAUACCCUGAAUGUGAUGUACAGCCACAGCGAGACCCAAGAAGAAGGCGGCAACCCGUGCUCGCUGUACUUUGCAAAUUUUGUGCUGGACGGCACGAUUGGGAUUGUACUGCUGUACUAUUUGAUGCGCUGGUUUACGUAUUUGCUAUCGGAUGUGUUGCACCUGCGCGGUCUAGUGAGCGGCAUUUAUUCUGUGCACGCGCCCGAUCAGCCUGUGCUGGGGUUGUGGCAGUGCUGGAUUCGGCAGACACUCACGUACUUGGCGGCACUCCUACUCAUGAAAGUCGUGGUUAUUUUUGCUCUGGACAGAAUCGAUGUGGCUAUGAUAUUCAGCGAAUGGCUGCUGGACUUGUUUGGCAAGCACCAGGCGAUGCAGGUCGUGUUUGUCAUGGCAGUCUUCCCGCUGUUUAUAAAUACGUUCCAGUUCUGGCUCAUCGAUACGAUUUUGUCGCGCAAGCCAGAGUACCAGGUAAUGCUCCGCGAAGAGAGCGCUUAA